AUGGAGGCGGAGGCGAUAAGAGAAGCCUUGCUGGCUUGCAUUAGGGGUCGACUGGUGUAUGUGGAGAUUGAAUCUGACUCGAUGCAAUUGAUCCAGAUGCUUAGAGGGGAGCGUCAAGUCGAUGUUGCGAUGGAGGCUAUGGUGUUUGAUAUUAAGGUGCUUGCUGGCAGGCUCCAACAAGUUGUUUUUUUAGCUACUCCCCAUCAGUGUAAUAAGGCAGCGCACGAGGUUGCGGCCUUUGUGUCUAGAGUAGGUGGUAACUACAUUUGGGACCGAGUGUGGCCCGAGUGGAUCUUUGAUAUUUUAGCUAGUGAUGUAAACUUAGCUAUUCGUCUCUAA